GGCAAAAAAGAAAAACAAUAUUGAGGAAUAUGCAUACUAACCGGAGAUCAUCGGGUCGCAUCACGUCGGCAGCAACUCAACGCCGGCUAAAACCGGAGCCAGAACCGACGGUGAAGAAAUUCAUCAAGGUUAUUCUCCUCAAAACAAUCAAGGAAAAAAUGAUGAAAGUUCCAGCUAGAUUUGUGAGGUUUGGUCCUAAACUCACUGACAAUGUGACUCUCGAGACUCCUGUUGGUUUCAAGUGUUCGAUUCGGAUUAGAAGAAUCGGUGAUGAGGUUUGGUUUGAGAAAGGUUGGAGUGAGUUUGCAGAGGCUCAUUUUUUAAGUGAUGGUCAUUUUCUGUUUUUUCAUUACAAAGGGGAUUCAUGUUUUCGUGUUGUGAUCUUUGAUGUGUCUGCUUCUGAGAUUGAAUAUCCAUUGGACAAAGUUUAUGUCAUUGAGAGUGAUGAUGAUGAUGUUGAUAAUAAAGAAGAAGUGAUGGCAGUUAUGGAUGAUGAUGAACAAAGGUUUACUAGAUUUGAGACUAGUGAUGAUGAUGGAGUUAUUGAUUUGGAUGAUUUUGUUGAAGAAGAUGAAACCAAGAGUCAACAUUAGAUGAUGUUGAAGAGAUUGAUUAAAUGAGGCUAAAGAAGGAAGAUUAGAGAGUCUUGAGGAGUAGAAGAAGGUUUUUUCGACAAAGAUCUCUGCGGUUUCUAGCUCGUUAAACUUUAGCUUUCGAUUUUCGUUUUUAGUUGUGUAAUGUGUAGUGGAAAUUCUUGUCAAGUCUCAAUCUGGCAAGAACUUUAGCACAAUUGUAGUAAGAACUUGGCUUAACUUGUGAUAUCCUUUUGUUAGUUUGUGUGAUGUAUGUGUAUGUAAAAAUGCUUGUCCUGUCUGAAAUCUAGCAAAAACAGUUUUCUUACUCAAAGAAGAGAAAUCCUAGCUUUGGUGAAAUGAUUCUACAAGUUUUUACCAAUAAUAUAUGUAUUUUUUCAUU